AUGGAUUGGAAGACGCCCACCAAUGCGACUGAAAUUCAAAGUUUCUUGGGUUUAGCAGGCUAUUACCGUCGUUUCAUUGAGGGGUUCGCUAAACUGGCAAAGACGAUGACGAAACUGAUGGGAAAGAAUGUACACUUCGAAUGGACAGAGGAUUGUGAGAUGAGUUUCAUGGAACUCAAGAAGAGGUUGACGACUGCACCUAUUUUGGUGUUACCGCGUCCAGCAUAUGCAUCCAGACAGUUGAAAAGACACAAGGAGAACUACCCGACUCAUGAUCUGGAGCUAGCCGCGAUAAUCAACGCUCUGAAAAUUUGGAGAUCUUAUCUUUACAGCGAGAAGGUUAAACUCAACACCGAUCAUAAGAGUUUAACCCAUGUCAUAUCGCAGAAAUAUUGA